AUGCUCAGAGAAGUCAAACCCAAGAAUCCGCGCACAGCGCGCAUUCUCAAGGCCCGUGAGCCCCAGCUCAUCGAACCCCCCAAGAGGACCCUUUUCAUGCAUGGCUCAAAAUGCCCGACGGCUCUUAACACAGUCCUGAAGACAUUCCACUCGCUGACGAUCCCCAACUCCGUCCUCUUUCACAAGAAGAACGAGAACAUUCACCCGUUCGAGAGCGCCGAGAGCCUCGAGUUUCUCGCCAACAAGAAUGAGUGUGGUAUUGUUGUUUUCGGAAGCAGCAGCAAGAAGAGACCCAACAGCCUGACUGUGGCGCGGAUAUUCGACUCCAAGCUCCUGGACAUGUGCGAAUUGAUGCUGCUCCCUAACCCAGACGGAGACUCGAUCCCUGCGAUCAACAACCUCAAGAUGCAGAUCGGAAUUGGCUUACGGCCUAUGCUGCUGUUCGCGGGUACUGCCUGGGAAGAUUCUACCUCUACCGCUCAUGUUAUGCUGAAGAGCAUGUUCGUUGAUAUGUUCAAGGGCGAGGAGUCGGAUAAGAUCGAUGUCGAGGGACUGCAGUAUGUGUUGAUGAUUGCCGCUGAGGAACCUACCGACGGCAUGUCUCCUAUUAUUCAUCUCAGAUGGUACAAGCUUCGGACAAAGCGCAGUGGACACAAGCUCCCUCGCGUUGAGCUGGAUGAUAUCGGGCCCAAGUUCGACUUCAAGAUCGGUCGUCUGCACGAGGCACCCGAGAAUGCUCUGAAGGAGGCCAUGAAGCAGGGCAAGAGACCUAAUGAGAACAUGAAGACGAAGAAGAACAUUGGCCUGGACGUCAUGGGUGACAAGAUCGGUCGUGUGCACUUGGGCAAGCAGGAUCUGUCUGGCCUGCAGACGAGGAAGAUGAAGGGUCUGAAGCGACGUGCUGGUGUGGAGUCUGAUGAGGAGGAUGCGGAGAUGAUGGACGUGGACGAAGUCUCGGAUGAUGAGGGACGGAAGAAGGCGAGAACGGAAUAG